GCACAGUGACCUACGGCCAGCUUUGAAUUGUGAUGGGCCAUGCGCGACUACACAAUUCACACAGGCAUUGAUGGGUUCCGGGCCUUGAGCGCGAAGCAGCUGCGACAGCAGUGCGCGUCGCGAGGCGUCGACCUCACCGGCUGCUUCGAUAAGGACACCAUAUUGCAGAGGUUGCAGAAGGCCCUUUCGGCUGCCCAGGAACAGAGGCUCCCCAGAUCAGUCGCAGAACAACAGCCUGUAAACCCAGAGCCGCUGCGGCAGACUGCACCAGCGCAGCUCAUUUCCGAGAUCGCACCGCAAGAGGCGCACGCUCCGCCUGCUGCAACUCAGGCAGGUGAACAAUCAUCACCUUCAUCUCCACCACAGGUCGCAGAACAAGAACCUGUGAAGCCAGAGCCAGCGCGGCAGCCUGCCCCAGUGCGGCUGAUUUCCGAGUUCGCUCCGCAAGAGGCGCACGCUCCGCCUGCUGCAUGUCAGGCUGGUGAACAAUCAUCACCUUCAUCUCCACCACAGGUCGCCGAACAAGAACCUGUGAAGCCAGAGCCAGCGCGGCAGCCUGCCCCAGUGCGGCUGAUUUCCGAGUUCGCAACGCAAGGGGCACACGCUCCACCUGCUGCAGCUCAGGCUGGUGAACAAUCAUCACCUUCAUCUCCACCACAGGUCGCCGAACAAGAACCUGUGAAGCCAGAGCCAGCGCGGCAGCCUGCACCAGCGCAGCUGAUUUCCGAGAUUGCGCCGCAAGCGGCGCACGCUUCGCCUGCUGCAGCCCAGGCAGAUGAACAAACGUCACCUUCGUCCCAGUUGCCGCCAUUUGAAGAAGAAGCUUCCGUGGAUCCAACGACUGUUGGAAAGGAAUCAGCUGCUCUUCCCAGCAACGCAAAGGUGAAGCUUGCGCAUGGCCUUGCGCAUAACUCUGCACACCUGGCAGACCGUUGCGCAUUGGAGGUCAUACCAUGGAGAGCUUUGGUGAAGGAGUGCAAGCUCUUGGGAAUUGAUGUCACGGGCGUCUAUGCCAAAUGCGAGGUCAUCAGGAGGCUGAUGGCAGUUCUUGAGACGGCAACUUUAGAGCAACCCAAGCACCAGGAGAAGGAGCACGACCUCGCGGAUGGCAAGCUGGAGGAGAAGCGGCACUUGCCCCAGCCAGUUGGUCCUCCUGUGGCGUUGUCCCCCUUUCCUUCCGAGAACUCUGAGCCUGGCCAGCCAGACACACCGCCAAGCCCGCACAACUGGCUGUUCGGUGACCGAGUUGUGGAGGAGACCGCUGGGCAGACUGCCGCUGGAGAAGAAAGCGAGGUAGUUGAAGAGAUUGUCCUGGAGGGACCAAACAGAACAUCAAGCGAGCCACCACAAGCGACGCCAGUUCACCCGGCAGUAGCUUCGACACGACCUCGCGCCUCGAUCUCGGAGCUUUUCCGGCUUCCACUUUCAGAAUUGCAAGCCAGAUGCGAAGCAGAGGGCAUUCCGGUUGCACCAGGAGAAGCAAAGGGCUUGCUAAUUUCUAAACUGAAGCAAGCCCUGUCCAAGACAGCAGCACAGGCGGCAGACUCUGCGAAGCAAGUGGCGGAGGCACAGCUUGACAGCCCGAAGAAGGCAACAGACAGCCAGCCUGAGGCAUUGACAAAGCCUGAGCCAUCGCGAAAGGCCGAACCAGAAGUUUUCCACAUAGGCUCUGACGAUGAGACAGACAACCACUCGGACGACUUCUUCCCUGAGUUUCCCACGUUCAGCACUAUACCUGGGGCAACCUCAGCUUCUUCAGAGGCUCUUCCCCAGGAACUGCCCACUGUGCUGCCCGAGCAGAGCCAACCAAACGCGGAAUUUGACAUCGGCGACUUGCAAGAGGACCUCGCCGACAUCCAUUCUGACCACACGCCGAAGGCCAGUGGCCGAGAUUGCUUUGACUGGUUCAACGACGAGGAGGAGGUUUUGCCAAAGUCAAAGUCUGCACCGGGGCAAGUGCAUGCCACAUCACCAGGCAGCGAAGCUUCGGAAAAGCCGUCAAACAGCUCAGAUCCACAGAUUGAUUUGCCAGAGCCUGCUGCGACUACGCCCCUUCAACACUUUGAAGAUGCGAAGGACCGAGGCGAUGGCAGCUCGAGCGACAGCCACAGGCUCAGAGAGGAUAGAAGGCCAACUUCUGCACCUCAUUUGGCUGCGCGAAGCCUCAGCCACUGCACACAAGUAACCUCAGGAGGAGAUGGUGCGAUGUUUGAUUUCGAUGACCUGGAUGACUUGGUCAAGGUAAAUCCGCUGGCAGCGGAUCCAGCCCCAGAGCCGACCAGACCAACGCCGGACCGGCCUGAAGAGUCGGAAGUGGAGCCAGAGCCAAAGGCGGCAGAGCCAAAGGCGCCAAAAGAAGAGGCCAGGCCAGAGCCGCCGGUGCAACCGGCGCCAGAGCAGGAAUCACCUCCGCGAGGCAACGAGAACCCGUUGCUGAAGUUCACAACCAAGGAACUGUUGGAGCUGGCAAGAUCUCGUGGUGUCGAUGUACGUGGCUGCGUGGAGAAAAGUGACAUUGUAGAUCGACUCACCCGCGCUCCCAGGGCCCCACAGCCCCCUGUGCAGCACAAGCCGCCUGUGCGGCAGAACACGCAGCCUAUGCAGACGCAGUCAGCAGGUGCUCCUUCAAAGGCUUCUGGCGCGCCGAUGCCACGCUUUGGGCGGAGUUACACCUGGCAGGGUGGGCAUGGGCACGCAAGCCAUGCAAGCCAGCCGCCGAGCCAGCCCCCUGUGAGCCAGUCAUCAACCACCGCGCCCCGCCGACCAGCAAAAGCGCAUGCGUCGAAGGCAGGCCGGCGCCAGCCGAAGGCACCAUCCCCGACGCCAGAGGCGCCGCGGUGGGAAAACCUGAGCAGCUGGAGUUCCAGGGUGCAGACAUGGUUUAAUCGCUACCCCGGCUUCACGGCCAUGCUUCCCCCAGAGGCAGAGAUGUGGACAGACCAGGAGUUGGAUGUGUAUUUCGGGAGUAACGGUGACAUUUGGCCUCGUGGGAAAAGGCCUGCAUGGUUUGGCAAAAGCGGCGGCGAGGAUGCAAAGCCUGCUUCAAAGCCUCAAGGUCCACGCACUUAUCCAGAUCUCAAGGUGCAUUUCCAGACGCUCGACUUGGCAGAGACGACGCCACCCGAGAUCAUCCGGCGGCACUAUCGUCGCUUGGCCCGGGACUGCCAUCCGGACAAGCACCCGGACAACGUGGAGGAGGCCACCCGCCGGUUUCAGCAGAUCACCGAGGCUUAUGAGGUCAUUGCCAAUCGGCUGAAGCUUUAGAUGCCCAAAAGAUCUGCUCGAAUCAGAGUGUGCGUAGGACCCUUGUAGCCCCGUGUGGCAGGGCAAAAGCCCCUCACUGGCGCCAUCUCCAGAGAGC